AUGAAGUCAACCCAUGUGCGACGACCCACGGAAAAGGUUGUUGCAAUGACAUCUGCCAAAGCCAAGCACUCACGGCCUCCAAAGAUGAAGCAAGUGUCACCAAAAGGGAAGAAUCGCAAACAGAAAGCUGUAUCAAGCAACAGCAAAUCAGAAACCAGUGAGAGUGAGGCUGAACCAAAAUCUCAACAUCACUGGAUAGCAGGACAGCGAUGGCUUGCAGGAACAGCACCACACUACUCUACCCAAUUGAAGUUUUGCCAGACUAAUGGAAAUGUAGAAACAUUGAAGGGGUGUUGGUGCAAUGCAUGCAAAGAUGAUACAGCUUUUGUUGCAAAGUAUGGAAAAUGCAAGGCAUUCCAUGUUGGAAAGAAUAGGAAGAAACAAGGGAAGGACAUCCAACAAAAUCUAGGCCAGAUGUUCCAGAAGUCGCAAAACAAAGAGUAUUCAAGGGAGGAUGUGCUGCGCACAGUUGCUGAAUUUGUGGUCUGCGACGACCAGCUUACAUUCACAAUGCAUCCAUUGAAUUCAUUGAGGGUCUCAAGGUCUGAAUGCAGGCUACAACAACCGGCCUUAUUUCAACAACUACAGACUUGUGGCUUAAUGGCUCACUGGAUUGAGGCUAAUGAUGCCUCCAGUAUAUGGACACUUGCUUCACAAGUCAUCACUUUUGGAGGUAUAUCUGGAGCACACAGUGUGAACAAUCUUGCACAGUAUCUUUUUGGAUUGUAUGAGCGUGCAGGAAUUAUCAAAGGGCAAUCAAGCAAGCAACAACGACACCACUUGUGA